UAUUCUCUAAUGGAUUCUCCUGAAAGCCCAACGCAGUCCCCUCAGUCUCCAGAGGAGGAGGAGAAAGGUCUUUCAGACUGUGAGCUGCUGGAUUCUUCUGAUGAAGACGAGGACAGGGUCAUCUCAGGCAGUGAAAUAGUCCAAGAAGAAGAAAAUGGAGGGCUGGUUGAGGAGGACGAAGAGGAAGAGGCAUUGGAAAGCAGAGGAAGAGGUUCGCAGUUAGAGGAGAUGGAAGAAGAGGAUGAGGUGGUACCUGACUUUGUCUCUGACCCAGAGGAUGAGGAGAUCGGAGGGAUGGGACAGGAGGAUGAGAACAUUUUACUGAUGGAGGGGGAUGAAAAUGUUCCACAGGGGGACCAGUUGGAAGGAGAGGAGGAGAAGGAAGAAGAAGAAGAAGAGGAAGAGGAUAGAGUCAUUGACACCCCACAGUCUCCUGACUCAGAGCCAGAGCAGGUCAGGAGCUUCACUGAUGAAGACAAUGGAGACGAUAGGGAGGAGGGAUACGGUGAAUACAGAAAAGAAGCCCCAGCAGAGUGUGAGACAGCUGAGUUGGAUGAUGGUGAGGAAGACAGAAGCAAAGCAGAGGAGGAUGAUAGGAUGAGAGCUGAGGAAGAGGUACAGAAAAGGGCUGUUGUCGUGAAGGAGAUGAAGGACGACUCGGUGUCUGUUUCCCGGGAGCUGGACGAGCAUGAACUAGAUUAUGAUGAGGAGGUCCCAGAAGAGCCCAGCAUCCAUGCACAAGAAGAAGAGGAAGAUGAGGAAGAUGCAGAAGAGGAGGAGAGGGAGGAUACGAUCAGUAAGAAGAAGGAGAAGAAGCCAAUCCUCCCCCCAUCUCCUAAAAACAGUGAAUACAAGAGAACAGACGACUCCAAAGGGCCCGAGAGGCUCUGCAGAGAUUCCUUCAGAGACAAGAAGAAGGAUGAGGAUGACGGAGAGAUUGAUGAAGGAGAGAUUGAUGAUGAUGACCUUGAGGAAGGGGAAGUUAAAGAUCCUUCAGACAGGAAGAUUAGACCACGUCCCAUCUGCAGGUUCUUCAUCAAAGGAAAUUGUACUUGGGGUAUGAACUGUAGGUUCAUCCACCCCGGAGUCAAUGACAAAGGUAACUAUUCACUGAUCAGUAAACCAGACCUCUUCUCACCUAAUGGAGCGCCUCCUGGAGGACCACACCCACUCAUACCUAAUAAUCCUUGGGCUGGGCCUACUGUGGAGGAGCUCCCCCCCCCUCCUCCUCCAGUGGAGCCUCCUGUAGAGAGCGCCUGGGAGAGAGGUCUAAGGCAUGCCAAAGAGGUGCUGAAGAAGGCCACCAUCCGUAAAGAGCAGGAGCCAGACUUUGAGGAGAAGCGUUUCAACGUGACCAUCGGAGAGGAUGAGAGAGAAUUUGACAAAGAGAAUGAUUUCUUCAGAGAACGCAGCUACCGCAUCAUUAGAGACGAAAUGGACUUCAGAGAUCCUCUGUAUAGUGACCCAUAUAACGAUCCAUACUAUGACUAUGAAAUGGAGGCCCUUUGGCGAGGUGGCCAAUAUGAAAACUUCAGAGUGCAGUACACAGAAGCUCCUCUUCCUUACCACUACAGUGAGCGUGAACGGGAUCCUCAGGAGCGGCACCGGGACCGUGAGAGAGAGAGAGAUCACCGUGAGAGGGAGCGCCGGCAGAGAGAGAGGGAGAGGGAAAGAGAGCGGGAACGCGAGAAGGAGAGAAUGCGCCGAAAAGAAGAGUGGGAGAGGGACCGGAUGAAGCGGGAUGAGAAGGAGAGGCCAAGGGUGCGUCCUCCUCGAGAUGCCAGGGAGAAGAAAGAUGAGGACAAACUGAAACCACGCUCUCCCCUCAGCUUGCCACCAAACAGGCUGAUGGAACCUCCCUCAAAGAAGGAGGUUGUUCCAUUAAUUAGGCGACCAGAUGAGUGGAAGGACCCGUGGCGUCGGUCCAAAUCCCCCAGGAGACGCCCCGGAUUGGGCUCUCCACCACGAGGUCGCCGGCGCCAUCGGCCCUCAGGCUCUUCCAUCUCUCUGUCCAACUCCUCCAGGUCUUCGUCUCACUCUUCAUCAUACACAGGCUCUGGGUCCUCUCGUUCCCACAGCCACUCCUCCUCGUUCAGCUCCUACUCCAGCCACUCCUCCCAGCGCAGCUCCUUCAGUGGCAGCCGCUCCAGGUCUCGAUCAUUUUCCACAUCUCCCUCUCCGAGUCCAACAGCACUGAGGAAUGCCAAGAACAAACCAGAACUUUCUCCUAUGUUAACUAAAGGCAUGCCGCUGAAGCCAGGUGCAAUGCCCCCCCCUCGCAGGGAAAAGCCACCCAUGAAAAAAGCUCCCAGUCCUCCUCCACCUGGUGGACUGCAUGGCAGGCCUUCCAAACCCAUGCUAGAGGGAGGCAAGACUCCCACCCAUCCCCGGGAAGGUGGAGGCGCAGUUGGUGGGGCUAGCAGCAGUGGAGCUGGAAGACCCCUGCCACCACGGGAACCUGGAAAACCCCCCAACCCAAGGGAAGGAAGGCGGAAAGAACGGCAGCAGCAUCCUCCCCGGAGGCGGACUGUGAGCGGCAGUGUUAGUGGAAGUGGUAGCAGUUAUACUGGUUCUAGCUCCAGAUCUAGAUCCUCAUCCAACUCCCUCUCACGCUCCAGAUCCAGAUCCAGAAAAUCCAGAUCGCUGAGUGUGAGCAGCGUGUCAUCGGUGUCGUCAGCAUCGUCCAGCAGCAGCUCUGUGCGUAGUGCAGACUCAGAUGACAUGUAUGCUGACCUAGCCAGCCCAGUGUCCUCUGCCAGCUCCAGCUCGCCCACACAAAAUCACCCCCGCAAGGAGCGAGGAGCUGCAAGGGACCGGCCUCCACAUGGAAAAGACAAGAACAGGGAGAGACCAUCAAAGAAAGAUGAACCCUUCAGGGAGGAUCGCAGGAAGAUCGACCCAUCUGGUGCCCCACCUAGAGGAGGUAACGCCAUGCCCAGAUCAGGGCCUGGUAGCAGGGGUGGCCACCCUAUACAUCCCCCAACUGGCACCAUGGGCCCUCCUGGAAGCUAUGGAGGUUCAGGUUCCCACAAAGACAUCAAACUCACCCUCCUCAACAAGCAGGGAGAUAAGAGCAACAGGAAGAGGUACCUGCCUUCAGACAAAGACAGGCCAGGUUCACCCCUCAGCAAGAGAAUGGCUAUGUCUCCAGAAAGAGGCCGUGAUAAAAGGAUAUCUGGCCGACCCCCGCUCUCCCCUCGAAUGGAUCGGCCCAGAGGCCUAGGGCCCCGGCCCUUGCCCCCCUACGGAGACAGAAAACGUCCUCUGUCACCAGCCCCCAAGUCAUCUGGUAAAGCCCCAGCAGCGCCAUCAGGCAAGCCAUCUGCCCCAGGCUCUGCUUCAGCCGCCAGCUCAGGGUCAGGCUCCACAAAACCCAGCAACACACUGUCCCGCCGUGAGGAGCUGCUGAAACAGCUGAAGGCCGUGGAAGACGCCAUUGCCCGGAAGCGAGCAAAGAUCCCCGCCAAAUAAAAGGAAGACUGCUCCUCGCUCUUUUGCCUGCCUGCCUCCUGUGCUGGGACAACAGUGAGGGUCAUGGGAUGGAGAGUUUUUCCCUGCUGUCCGUGGAUGUGUAAAAAUGUUGUAUGGUUCAUGCUGCCACAAAAACCAUCCUCUGCUUGUUUACCUUCACUGAGGUUUGGCUCUGCUUCAUUCUAGAGCAUUGCUCAAAGUAUGCCCGACUUCUGCUUCCCUUAAAAGUCUAUGAAUGUCCGGCUGCAGUUUACCUCAUCAGUGAGAAACAGGAUGGAACAUUUGGGUAUUUGGUUAGGGAGGUACGUCUCAGGAAUGGAGUGUACUUUGUGUAGACUUUACAGAGACAGAAGGGUAGUGAGGCACACUUGAUCUCUGUUCCUCCAGUGAGAAGGAAGCAUCUUCCUCUUGUGGUGUGAUGAAUAACAGAUUUAUACACAUUGAUUCUAGGACUUCUGUCUUUCUCUGCCCCAUUUUAUUGUUUUGUUCUCUCACAUCUUUGCUUUUGUUUCCUCUGUAUUGAGUGGUGUGACUGUUGAGUCAGCUCUAUUGGGUACUGACAGCCUCCAGGGCUUCACAACACUUCUUUAUAUAAAUCCACAAAGUUCAAAGUAGGCCCAUCUUUAACCAAUGACUCAUUUGUGUUUUAGGGCAAUGUUCACAGUCACACCUUGUACAGCAAGUCAUCAGAUUCUUUUAAGCAUAUGAUUAUAGACAACAGUGAUGUGAAAUAUUGCUUUUUUUUUUUAAUCUACAGCAUUUUGUUUUCUUCUUAGCUCUACUCAAGUGAUGAACCGAUGUUUCAUUUGUGUCACAUUUUUAGUUGGAGGAGUAUGAGAGGUGGAACGGGGACAUUUAGAGACAAGAUAUGUCUUGCUUUUGUGACAACAUCAUUCUAAAUAAACUAUUUUGAUA